CCCUCCACCCUAACGCAACACGUUCUGUCUCUUUAACUGGGGUGAAUAUGACAAACAAGCCGUCGGAUGGGGUCGAGCCGGAGGUGUGGACAGCAGCAAUCAACAUCACUGAAGUAUCUGGAACGGGCGAUGCGGAUGGGCAGCCAGUCUCCAGCUCUGUGACGGUAUGACCUCUUUCAACUCGCACGGCGCCUUUGUUGCGAACUCAAGCUGGGACGCGCGGAAUGCAAUUGUUAGGGGAUGGAAGGAUGACGGUGACUGCCUUGCCACAUUCGGUCAGCAGUGUGAGGAUGAUUGGAUUCGUGCCAUUUCGCAGGCCAGAGCUUCGGCACCCAAUCAUAAUGCCUCAAUCAGCGUGUGUGGUGACAUGAUAAUUCCAUCCAUACCGCCUUCUUGUCAAGGUUUGUUCAUGGUAGCCACGAUAUCACACAAUUUCGUUCAAGCGAAUGAAACAGAGGGCAAUGCGUUGUUCGAUUUCGAGGAUUCUCCACAUGUUCCUGCCAACACCACCUAUUACGAAACCGCAGCGGCUUGGAUCUGGCCCAUCUUGCUCCUCCAGUUUCCAGCAGAUAGUGGCUCAUACUCGACUCAGAUGAGCUGUUUGAGGGCUACCAAGCCACCACUGGAUCGAUGGCCAUCAUAAAUGUUCCAGGAGCAGGAUGCACAUUGUAUUCGGUAGUUGGGGGCUGGUAAUUUGUCUAACCCAUGGUAGCGCUCUCUACGUGAGGACCAAGUCUACCCGAUGGCGGCUCCAUCUUUAGAGCUUGCCUGUGUAUAUUUAUGUACCUAAAACCCAGCAAAAUUGUUCCCAGUCUCGUCGUACUCUUCGAUAAACUUUCGAGUCGCUAAGAUGUCUUCGGCGACCUGGAAGUUUUCAAAGUUGUAUAAUUGGUCCAGUGACCAGUCCUGAAUAUCGCCCGGAGUAAAAUUGAU